CAGUUGGAUUUUGCCAUUGAAAGUGCGCGCAACGUCUAUAUAGAAGUAACCAAAGCAAAGCGAGUGAAGCUCUCAACAAAUGUGAUUUGCAGCUCAUUAGAAUUCACAAUGGCAAUUCUAUCAAAUAUUUAUCGGUUUUGGUUCUUUUUGCUGAUCGCAAAAGUAUACGCCGCGUUGGCCACGCCAGUGGCAAAUGGAAAUGCAGCAUACGAGAAGACAGCAGCGGAAAAUCCAGGCGAGCAGAGCAAACUAAGCAACUAUUUCUUGCACGAUCCAUACGGACCCAAUACCUAUGCCUUUGGUUAUGAGCUGGAGGAUGCAGCGUCUGGCAAUAUACAAUUCCGGGAUGAGCGACGCUAUUUGAAUGGCAGCAUUGAGGGCAGCUAUGGGUACGUGCGACCCGAUGGCCUCAUCCAGGUGACGCGCUACAGAGCUGAUGGGGACAGCGGCUAUUUGGCACAAUCCCAGAGCUAUGCACCGGGCGAUGAGCCAAUGGACGCCGUUUGGCCAACCAAGCGUCCGGAUAUAUUCAAGACACAGCACGUGAUGCAGCCGGCUGCAAAUGUGAGCUGGGAUGCGAAAAGUCAUUUGAAUGUGAGCGUGGAUCAAGUGCAGCAUGAGGUGGCCAAGCAGCUAAAGGAGCAGCAUGGCCUGGACUUGAAUCACAUCAAUGUCGAACAGGAUGUGCUGCAGCCAGCUGUGCUCGACAUCAUCAAUGGCAAGGCACCCCUAGUAAGCCAGCCCAAUGGCAGUUUGGCCUUUGAGACGUUGCACAACUUCAUCGACGAGGAUCUGCCUCUGGUGCCGUUCGAGCUGCCAGCCGAACAGCUGCUGGGCCCGAGCCAGAGCAAAUACAACAAAGCCAAGACCAAUAACGAUGAGAAGGCGCCGCAGACGGCAGCAACCACAGCUGCUGCUGCUGUUGACUCUAGCACCACAUUGCCCACGCCCCAGCCACUGAUAGUGAAUGAUGGGUCCAAUGCAAGCAGCUGGUACCAGCGAAUCAUUCAGGCGAAUCGUCGCGAGUUUCUUGAGCAUUUACCAAAUUUGAGCCAAGCCUGAGCAAAAGCAGCUGAAAAUGUAUCAUAAAUGUGGCUGCUCCACUGUAGCGCCAACAGCAUUGCCGACACGCCCCUUUGCAGCGUCUAAUAAGCAUUAGCACGCACGACACGCCGCGCCCGUCUUGAACGUUAUCUCCGAAUUGGUCUUCAGUUUAUGCAAUAUGGCCAACAACAAGUUUUACUCGAUAUUUAUACAUUUCACAUUUUACAUUUAACAUUUUUAUGAUUGGGUUUCUUUUUCUUCGCAGUGCACAUUUAUUAUUGUUGUCCGUCGUGCAUUCACUUUUAUUGCGGAGAAAUGAUUUAUAAAUGCUUUGGCUACACUCACAGCAAACUAAUGAAUGAUUGAUGGCUGCCUAAUUAUGAAGAGCUAACCAUAUCCAUGCUAAUGCUUAGUUUUAAUGCUUAUUAGAUAGAUUUCGGUUAUAUCCCAUAGAUGUAUAAAUAAAUAUAUGUAGUUAAAUAGUAAAUUUUAGAUAUUUGUAGUAAGAGUUGCUAGAAUAAAAAGAGGCUUUGAAAGUUGUAAAAGAAUUGUUUAUAUUGUUAGCAGCAAAUUUUAGUUGGAAAAAUUUUAAUAUUUUU